UGCCUGCGAGGUUACCACAACAAAGCCGGAGGGGGAGGCGGCGGCGGCGGCUGCUGCUGCUUCCCGGGGACUGCUGGCCCGGCCCGGCCCGGCCCGGCCCGGCCCGGCGGCGGGGCCUCCUCCCCGCGGAAGGUGCCCGGAGAGCGGGUGUGUGGCGGUUGGGGGGCGGCGGGAGGGGCAAUAGGUAUUUCCCCUCCCCGCCUGUGGUAAUUUUUUGCCAGACCCGACAAGGUGGCACUUCGUAUUUCGGUAUGGACCGGUUUGAAGAUGUAUCAGAUGGUGAAGUGGAUCAUGCUUUCUUCGACAGUGAUUUUGAGGAAGAGAAAAAGAAAGCUGAAGAAAAUGGUGAAUGUAUAGAGGAAGGAGGUAUAAAGGCAGCUCUUGCAGACCCAGAUUUGGUUUCUAAUUCAAAGGGUGCAAAGUGUUGUGAGGAGGAAAGAGAAGAAAAGCAGAAAGAUUUGCAGAAGGAUCAGUCCCUAGAAAAUAGCACAGAUCAUCUUGGAAAUUCUUCAUCUUUGUCACAUUCUCCAGUUGUGGACAAUGCAGGUACAUCUGGAGAGACAUCUGCAGCAGGUAGAGGAACACAGGGGAAUGGUCGUGCUGAGAUCCCCAAAAUAGUUAAAGAAGGUGAAGAAGAUUAUUAUACAGAUGAAGAAGAUAGUAGUGACGAUGGCAAAAAACAGAAGGUUAGACCAAAGUCAGCUAAGCAAUCAAACAACAUAAAAAAGGCUAGCAAAAAAUAUACUAAUAUCAGCUCCUCCUCUUCUUCUUCCUCCUCUUCCUCAUCCUCAUCAUCCUCAUCCUCAAGCUCAGAUACAGAUUGUUCUGAUACGGAUUCUGAUAGCUGUUUAUCAGAUUCAUCUCAUUCUUCCCCAAAGAGGAAUGCCUGUAGGAAUGCUCUUCUGUCUCCAAAACAAAAAUUCAAGUCAGCAAUGAAAUCAGCAGAAGGAAAACCAAAGCUUGGUGACUACUUGGAAGAGUCUGAAGACACAGUGACUGAUGUAACACCUCUGUCAACUCCAGACAUCAGUCCUAUCCAGUCUUUUGAACUUGCAUCAUCAAACGAUAAGAAACUAAAAAUAAAAAGACAGGAAAAUGUGAAUCAAGAAUUAUAUGAUUCCGAGUUUGAUCGCAGAUAUAGUCGAAAAGUCUUGCAUGAUGCCAUGGACCUGAAUCAGCUUUUGAAAGCUUUCCUACAGUUGGAGAAAAAAGAACAAAAACUAACCAUCGAUCAGCCGUCUAAGGGAGCAAGAAAAAAUUAUUCUUUCACAAAUGAAGAAGUAAGACAGAUUGAUCGGGAAAACCAAAGGUUGCUAAAAGAACUGUCCAGACAGUCUGCAAAGCCAAGAAGAAGUACCACGUUGAAGAAGUCAGCUGUACCGCCUCCUAAAUUGUACCACAGUGCCCUCAACAGGCAAAAAGAGCAGCAAAGAAUUGAGAGAGAAAACCUGGCUUUCCUGAAAAGACUGGAAGCAGUGAAACCAACAGCUGGUAUGAGGCGUUCUGAACAACUGAUGGACUAUCAGCGCCAGAUGAGUUAUCUAAGUUCUUCACCAUCCGUAAGAAGAGGAAAAUCUGCUUUCAGCCAGCUUAGUCCUUCAAGAGGCACCUCAAGAGCAUCCACUGUACCAAGUACAAUGAGCCAGAGGAACGAAAAACCCGUGUCUGAUUCAGCCAGUGGGGCAUUACAGAGACCUAAACCCAGUAACAUUCGUGCUGCUUGGUUAUAAGUGCGUUCUUUGCCUUGCAUUCUGAGAUGCUCCUCAGACUUCUGUUUUUAGUGCUUUUGUAAAUUCUAUGUGCAAAAGUAUUUUCUGCAUUGUUCAGUGAUUAAAAUGCAUUGCGUAUUACGUAAUUGCUUAUAAGAUGGUUUUAAGUGAACACUUUAACCUCAGUCAUCGUUUUCCAUGACAAGAACAACUUAUAAAAGAGGAGGAAAUACUUAAACGGAGAAGCUAGACAGAAAUUGCUAAUUAUUAUUUUAUUCUCAAAUUGUAAGUGGAAUUUAUAUCUAUAACAUGGAAGGGCAGAAGUGCUGCAUUGUAGGUGCAAGAUAUAAAGAAAAUCUUUAAAAUAAUAUUUUUAAAUAUUGCAUUAAACUCAAAAGCAUAUGGCUAAUUCCUAGAUCAUCCUUGUUUUUCAUCCCCGUUUUAGGUAAGCCUUCUGAACUUUGUGGGUCAUGGUCUUAUGACUGAAAGAAUCUUCUUUUUACAGCAUCAUGAAGAGGUGAAAAGCAGAUUAUGUAUUCCUGCGUGGUUAAAUAGAAUACUGAGGCUGCAGAAGGUGGUGUUCUGUGACUCUUGCUCUCCAGGUGUUGAAUGUUUGUUUUGUACUCAAGGCUGCGUGUCUUCCGGAUUUCAAAGAACUUUGGAAGUUGUAUUGGGACCUUUGUGUAGGAAAGAGACAUCCGAUGCUAUUUGAACAAGAGUAAAGACUGAAGUGAACAACAGUUUCAGAUUCACUCUAAACAAGUUUUAGUUAUUUCUCAGGCUAGAGAAUACAAAGAAAGAAAUAUUUCAUGGCCCUGCUUUUGCAGAUCCUUGUCUUUCUUGUUAGGGAGAUAUAAACUUGAGCUGCAGGAAACUUGGAACAUCUGAUUUUGAGAGAGACUACUAACUAGGAUUUAAAAAAAAAAUACGUAGAACACAGAAGACCUUGUUAUGCUUCGUAACCUGUUUUUUAAUGUCAUGUUCAUACCAAAUAUUCGUAGUAGUGUCAGGUAAGCUUCAGUAGCAACAUCCAUUUACAAAAGGAGCAAAAUUGAAUGGAAUUGGUAAUCAGAAAUGGUAAGUGGUACCCUUUAUUUCUGUACAUAAAGGCAAACUUACAGUAAGCUUAUUUUGUAGGACUAUAGUCUUAUAAAGAGCAUAAAUUGUGAUGCCACUAUCCAUGGAUAUUGCUGGAACCCUGCUUGCUUCCCCAGCUUCUUCUUCCCAGGAGAGAUACAGGAGAUCUCUUUGUAUUAUACAUAAAA